AUGCCAUUGACUGAGAUAUACCGCGCAGAUAAUGCUCUAUCUAUGCGAACAUCCCCUCUCGUCAUUCGCGGAUACAGUGUUCGCGUUGAGGCCCUUGGUGUCAUCCACAUUAUCGACAAAGAUGAGACCUCGGCCUCUAUAAUAUACAAGCAGCAGCCAUCUCUUUUCAGAUUGAAUGAGUCUACAUUCACGCAAGCAGCAGCAAACCGGCGCUUAUCCCUAGAUGACCCAGUCGGCAUUAGAAAAGCGAGUGGAGCUAAUGAACACCGGGGAAGGUCCCCUCCCGAAGAUGAUACAAGCUAUUUAGAGCUGACCGCAUUUGAGCGAUGCUAUGGAUCAGCAACCCGCGAUCGGUCGCUGGAGAACGACGAAAGGAGUGGCCUCUAUGACAAAACACGAGGGGGCGCCAUUCGAGCACCAAACAAGCAUGGGCCCCGACCGGAAGACAACAGAAUCCAAACCAUCCGACCAUCUGGAGACAAUGGCCGGGGCCUGCGAGACACUGACGGUUUACCAAUCCGCGUGGGUCUAGAGGACCACAUGCUACUAAGCUAUUAG